GCUCGACACAACCGCUACGCACAGCAUCACAGGCAGACCCGAUCAAACGACCCAGAGCCCGCAGGCAUCACCAAUCGUUCCCAGCACAAUAGAACAGCACCGAAUCAAACGCAGCACUGUCGAUGUGUGCAGACGUAACAGAUUCGUCAAAAGUCCACUUCCUGUGUCCAGUUAUUCAAGCAGGGGACGGAAAACAACUUGGUCUGAUUUGAUGAGCUGAAAGGCACAGUCAGUGGUGCAGCCAAAGGUGGUGACCCCUGUGGGACCUUGCUGUGAAAUCGUGCUUGGUUGUGAGUGUGAGACCUGUUCCUCUUGUUUGUACCAAUGGGACUCACGUUAUCUGUUUGGCUGUGUGGCACGACAGCAGACAAAAAGCCCCCCUCUUCAUCAGCCUUCCUCACGGCAGCUGUUCCGACCUCCUCUCGCCUGGCCGUCAUGCUGAACUCCUCUCCAGUUGUUCCAGAUAACAGACGAUCGCACUGGAGCGCCUCACACUGCUCAACUCACUUCCUGCCUUUGGCCACAAAACAGGAAGUGACUCGCGAACCCGUUGAACAGAGCAGCGAUGGGGUGAGGGCUGAGAUGGGCGUUAAGCGUGGGCUACACCUGUGGGAGAUGCGGUGGGAUCCGGCCCACAGAGGAAGUCAUGCUGUGAUUGCCAUUACCACUGAAAACUGCCUGCUGCAAGCCUCAGGUUACAGCAUGCUAUCAGGCACAGAUGCCCAGUCUUGGGGAUGGGAGCUCAGCACCAAUCAGCUUUGGCAUGGGGGUCUGAUUCUGGGGAAAUACCCCGGAGAGAGGGGCCUAAGACGCCAGGGCCACUUCUUCCCUGUCCCUGAAACUGUGUUGGUGGUGCUGGAUGCUGACGCAGGAACUCUGGGAUACAUUGUCAGUGGCUGCUUCCUCGGCGUAGCUUUCAGGGAUCUCCCCGGGGGGGUGGAGCUGUUCCUGGCUGUGAGCAGUGUAAGGGGAGGGUCCACCAUACAACUGCGUUACCUCAACGGUGCCUCACGUUAAGUGCCAGGCUACAUGCAGUAUGACCAAGAUGCACAUUUGUUGAAGCAUAAAGCGGUGAUGGAGGAGCUACGGAAUCUGAAGUGCUGAUAAAAUAUCUCUCUCUGUCUCUUUCUACCAGGUGACCCCCCUGCCCUCAUGGCUCUUUGUGGGCUUCUCAUCCGUCAGUCUCUGGAGCAACAGGGGCAAAAUCUAAUAGACAGACUGCCUCUUCUCCAGCACUACCUAAGCACUACCUACUA